GCAAGUUGGGGUGAAAUGACCACAGAUGCCAAGUUCCCGGUGCCUGUCGCUGAAUUCCGGUUGGUUGCGGAUGUAGCCACAGAAGAAGUGAUAGACGGAGUGGAUGACGACGUUCCGUUGGAAAUUGUCACUUUACUAGGAGCGAGGGCAGAAAUAGGAACACCCACCGGACUUGACGCAGAGCUGCUCGUUGAGACCGUAGAGUUUCCCGAGUUGACUUGA